UUUAUCACGUGGUAGUUUCCUCGCUACUUCUUACCCCAACAGUAAAAAGGUAAUUAACUCCGAGAUUAAAUACCUCUUUCGUAGGUGGCAUCUUUUCCAGAACACAUGGCAUCCGUCGUCGUUUAAUUUCUUCUUUGCUGCUUCUCGUUCUCUUUGAUACUUUUCAACAUUCGCUUCAAUUAUCAGUUGCCUACUCGAUCUGUCAAAGACAGUAGAGAUAAUUAAGGAGCAACAAAUAGAAGCAAAAUCGAAGAGAUUAUGUCUUCCUCUUCUUCUUCAUCGCUUAUUGCCGCUGGUCAUGAAGCCUCACCCACGCUUCAACACCACCUCCAGUUCAUACUUCAAAGCCGGCCUGAAUGGUGGGUCUACGCCAUCUUCUGGCGAACAUCCAAAGACAGCGACGGUCGUGUUGUUUUCUCAUGGGGCGAUGGUCAUUUCCGUGGUACCAAGGAAGCCGGAGUCGCUUCCAAAGCCGAAGAACAACAACCCAAAAAGAAGGCGAUCACGAAAGGAUUCCAAGCUCUUUUUGAUGAAGACAUGGACGUAGACAGGCUAGUACUGGACGGCCAUGUCACUGACUCUGAAUGGUUUUACACCGUCUCUGUGACACGGUCGUUUGCACUGGGCGAUGGCGUUCUCGGCCGCGCGUAUAGUUGCGGGGCGUACAUUUGGUUGACAGGGUCCCACGAGCUUCAAUACUACGAGUGCGAGAGAGUUAAAGAAGCUCGCAUGCAUGGCGUUCGGACAUUGGUUUGUGUUUCAACUUCUCGUGGGGUCGUUGAAUUCGGAUCUUCCGAUGUCAUCAAAGAAGAUUGGAGCUUGGUGCCGCUAGUGAAGUCGCUUUUUGGUUCUGAAAAUACUACUUCUCCUGUAAUCUGUAAUGAGGGAAACCACGAAGAUCAGGUACAAUUUUCCAACCCUGAUAUUUCUCUUCUGAAUAUUGCAACGUCAUCACGGGCUCAGUUACAAGAGAAGGCGAAAUCAGAGGGUGAUGCGAAAGAAGGGCCGGCGGGUCUUGGCCGCUCAUCGCCUGACUCGGUGCCUUCUGACUCUGACAGCCAUUUUGCGUCUGAAAAGAGGAAGAAAAGAGGAAGAAAACCAAUCAUCACCGGGCGAGAAUCCCCUCUUAAUCACGUCGAAGCGGAGAGGCAGCGCAGAGAGAAGCUCAACCAUCGAUUCUAUGCGCUCCGGUCAGCGGUUCCCAAUGUUUCAAAGAUGGACAAAGCAUCUCUACUCGCUGAUGCAGUAGAAUACAUCAAUGAUCUCAAGGCAAAAAUUGAAGACUUGGAGGCGAAACUUAAAGAACGAUCAUCCCAAAAGGCCAAUAUUUUUGACAAUCAAAGCAUCAACGCCAUGGUUGGUCACACAAGGCGGCAAUCAUCAGGCAGUUUCACUGUAACUAAAAUGGAAAUCGAGGUGCAGAUUGUUGGAUCAGAAGCGUUGAUCCGAGUUCAGUGUCCCGACGUGGACUACCCUUCUGCAAGAUUGAUGAACGCGCUUAGAGAUCUUGAGUUUCAAAUUCAUCAUGCAAGCAUAUCAAACGUGAAGGAGAUGAUGCUUCAAGACGUUGUGGUUAAAGUUCCGGAUGGAUUGAAAAGUGAGGAGGUCAUGAGAACUGCUAUUCUUCAAAGAAUGCAGAAUUAAUUAGUUUAUCUUAACUUCAUGGGGUUUAAUCAUCCUACAUGAUGAUCACCUUCGGUUUCGUGGAAAAUAAGACAAGCUUCUGAUGAGUCGAAUUAAUUUCAGAUGCUAAGCGGCCAGUUCAAGGAAAUGAACAUAGU